AUGUUCAAUCUCAUUGCAGGAACCACGGCAGCCGUGAAACAAGCAGCAGGAAUGGAACCGUCAUCGCCUGGGUCGCAAGGCGCAGAACGCUCGAAUGGGACAGGUGAAAAUCAAAGGCCGCAGACUGGUCAGGAGGAACAGCAAGAAGAGGGAACCACCCAGGGCAUCGGGCAAGACAUCCAGCAAGCGGUACCACCCAAGAAGCCUAAGAAAGAGGGAUUCACCCAGGACUUCACGAGCGGAGCACGGGAAGCACGACCUCCAAGGAGCGAUGCUGGACAUGAUAAGAUGGCGAAAGGGGCGUCGGAGAAAGGCCAGGCAGGUCAAGCCCUCAUAUUCUAUCAGAUAUGCGCUGGGCUGGGAGGAACAAUCAUCGAAGGACAUCCCUCCGACCCAAUCAACACCAUCGCCAACAACACCCGGCUCCCCAAUCUCAACCUCUCCUCCAUCAUCGACAAUCCCACCACCUUCCCCUCUUCACGUCCACAUCAGACUAUCGGAGAAACAGCUCUGCCCGCGGGAGUCUUUAAGCAGACCGACUGA